GAGAGGCGAGGAGGUUGAGGUCGAGGUCGAGGUCGAUGAGGAGGACGAGGAGGAAGAGGGGAGACUUUGGAGGCGGAUCGUUUUGUUGCGUUGCGUUUUGUUUCGAUUUGGUUCGUUGCGGAGCGCCGUGGAUUUAUUAAAUUCUUUCUCGCGCGUAACAGAUUCUUCUCCUUGAUGAAGAAGGGGAAUAUGUUAUGGGGCUACGUGACUGCCAUUGACAUUUUCGCUCGCGCAUGUCAUCGCUGGGUUUCGUGAGGGAGAAACGACAGAGCGGCCGGGGAGAGUGCGCUGCUGCAUGAGGGUGAGAUUAAGUCUAUCGAGAUUUCUGUGCUGCUCCGGAGUGAGGAUGAGACAUUCUCGAGACAAGAAGAGAUGCCCGGAAAGUGGAGGAGGAAUCAAUGGCAGAAAGACCAAAAACCGUUGAUUUCUUCUGUGUCAUGUGGGCCCAGGAGCUAUGAGCAUUGAUUGCUGUUCUAGAAAGUAAAUACAAGUGCGAUUAACCCUAGAUGGGUUCGUUUGACUUUCAAUUGCUGCUCGGUGUUCCGAACUUCUGAAUUUGGAUUCCGCGAGAAAGCAGCGAAGCUCUCGAGCCCCUAGGCUGUAGGGCGGGGCGCAGCUCGGCUGCGAGGGGAGGGCUAAUCCAGCGUAGCACUCUUUCUUCCAGCCUCAAUUUUUUAAUCGACAUUUCGUGUCCAUGGCGGGCGGGCGGGCGGGCGAGCGAGCGGAGGGGAAAGGGAGGUUGGUCGUGAUGAGAUUCAGGAGCGAAUUCGGGACGAGGCGCGUACCUCGGAUACGAAACCUUGCCUGACCUGACGUGACCCGACCUGGUUGUCAUUCAUUUACUGGAGUCAUUCCGUCGGUCUCUCCUCCCGUGAUCUGCUACUUUGUGUCUCUGUUGUGCAGUGCCUACCCAGCUGAGCUGAGCUGAGCUGAGCUGCGCAAAGGUGCUGCGAGAUUUACCUCGUGGGUUGAAAUCAAUGCGCUCGGCCCGCCCUCCCACCCGCCCCAGGACGGUCACGAAUUGCUCUGUUCUGCUUCCUCUCAGACAGGAAUGUUGGGCCCAACACUCUUCUUCUCCCGCUCACUGCCUUGCUUCCCAUCGUAGCGAUACAAGCAGCGAAUGCUCGCCACCUGAUGGCGAGUUUGAAGCUGAUACAAUUGUGAACAUGGGCCUCGAUACCGGCUCCGGCAUUACUGCUGACCUUGUUCUCGCUUUGUGUUACGGGCCAGGUGUACCGCCAGCAUUCAGGACACGAAAUUUAUUGCCACUGCCCUCAGUGGAAAGGUCGCUCUUCGUCUGGCCGUGAGGAUUUAUGAUGUGAACUCGCUCUGACAAUUCGCGAUCCCCGCUCGAUAAAACUUGUGUCGCACCAUUUGUGAAAACUCGCUAAGUUCACCGGCGGCGACGAGGACAUGUCGAUCUUACAUUGUGCUGUGAAGCUAUGCGUUUACGCUCCUUGCAUCUCUGACCUAUCUAGGUAUAAACCGGGCGAAGCUAUGCCAGUCAAUAAUUGCGCAGCUAUGUACACCCCCUCCCGUGAAUCCAAUCCAAGAUUUACCGCUCGAAUGACAUCUUUGCAUUGACCGUGCCACGGUUGAUGUCUAUCAUGAACGUGCUUUUGCCCCACGACGUCAGCCAACGACAUCAUGCUAGCACCUACGCAUCACGUACAUGGUAGGACAAAACGGAUUGGGCACGAAAUGGCCUUCUCAAGUGUCAUGUGUACUACCUUUUGUUCGUUUCGCACACAUUGCUGAAAUGCACACAUUCUGUCCCCUGCAAAUUGGGCUCGGUGACGCAGGUUCAGUCACUUAGUUUAUCAGGUAUUUUCAACAGGCAACACGAGAUGAAAGAGUUCAUAAUCUUACUGCAGCGCCGACAGGGCCUACUAAAGGAAGGACGACAUCAAGACGAAAGCGUAAUGUCAAAAGUGGACUCUACAGGACUUUAGGAAAGGUAAAGUAUUUCGACAGGAAUUGAGAUGGCUACAGCUUCAGAGUUCAGGAACUGUGUGAGAUGAGAUUGACGAAUCAUUUUCAGUGAUAAGCGGCUGUGAUAAGCGGAUGGUCGUUAAUGGUUCGAUGGGUCUGAAGGCUGUUCGUGUUCUAUAAAUGUUCUGUAAACAUAAAUGUGGCAAAGUGAGGGGUAGUUUAACUCAAUAGCUGACUCCGGUUAAACAAAUUUCAUCAGAAUGAGUAGGUAGUUCCAGCCCAAGGGACGUUGAUAAGUGUAUCCUGGAAAUUAUGACAGAACCUAAAAAACAUUAAUAAAUUGGAAAGGCAAAGUGGACAUUAGUUCUACUUUGCCACUGACUACUACCGUCUGGGAUGUGGGUCAUUCCUCCCAAAAAAUGAGAGCUUGGUUCUGAAGAGCCGAAAAGUUCUUGAACAGCAAACUACACAUUUGCAAUUUUACUUUGUAC